AUGUCAUCCCAAUCGCUUAGAAAGCGGACGGGCAAACGGACUCAAGGAUCCGUGGCAGCCUCGUCCAAGAACUCUGAGGUGGAUCUUGAUGAGAAGUUUCUCAAUUCAACCAUUGGAACUACAAAGGUUGCAAAGGACCCACAACAAAAUUAUUGGAUAGCAUUAGCUGUGGUUACAUUAUGUGCUAUUUAUACUCGGUUUGGGAAGAUUGGAACACCAGAUCAAGUUGUUUUUGAUGAGGUACAUUUCGGGAAGUUUGCCUCUUAUUACUUGGAGAGAACUUACUACUUUGAUUUACAUCCUCCAUUUGCUAAGAUGUUGAUUGCCCUUGCUGGGUACUUCUUGGGCUAUGAUGGUCAUUUCAAGUUCACCAAUAUUGGUGAUGACUAUAUCUCUAAUAAUGUUCCUUAUAUCGGACUUAGAGGAUUGCUGGCUUUACAGGGUGUCAUUACAGUACCCGUGAUGUUUAUGACUUUGAAAACCUUGGGAUUCUCAGUAGGUGGUUGUUUCUUAGGAAGUAUCUUUGUCUGUUUUGAUAACGCUCAUAUUAGUGAGACAAGAUUGAUCCUUUUGGAUGCCACCUUGAUUCUUAGUGUGGCAUUAACAAUGUUCACCUACGCAAAGUUCUCCACUUACCGUAAACAACCAUUCACCAAAUGGUGGUGGACUUGGUUAAGUUUAUGUGGGCUUGCCUUGUCUUGUACCAUCUCUACAAAAUACGUUGGUGUUCUUACUUAUGUUUCCAUUGGAAUUGCGUGUGCCCAUGAAUUAUGGCUCUUGUUGGAUUACAAGAAAGGUUUAACUGUGGGUGAAAUCUUUAAACAUAUUAACGCAAGAUUAUGGUGCUUGGUCAUAGUUCCAUUUUUUGUUUACUUGUUUUGGUUCUAUUUACAUUUUGCUAUCUUGACUAAAUCUGGUCCUGGUGAUUCUUUUAUGUCUGCUGAAUUUCAAGAAACUUUAGCUGAAUCACCUAUGGUUAAAUUAGCUAAAGACGUUCAUUAUGGUGAUAUUGUUACCAUCAGACAUAAACAAACUGAUUCACUUUUACGUUCUCAUGACGCAGUUUACCCAUUGCGUUAUGAAGAUGGUAGAAUCUCCUCCAAUUCCCAACAAGUGACUGCCAUUAAAUUCACUGAUGGUGCUUCCCAAGAUGUUAUGAAUCAAUGGAUGGUUUUACGUGACGAUCCUAGCAAUUUUGCUACUGGACCCGUUCACACUAAUGAUGUUAUUAGAUUGCAACAUGUUGGUACUGGAGGUAUUUUAUGGACUCAUGAUGUUGCAUCACCUUUGAAGGCUACACAUGAAGAAUUUACCAUUGCUCUUGGACCACUUAUUGAUGAAAAACAUAAGGAAACCUUGUUUAGACUUCGUUAUGCAGAUUCUGUGAGUUCUAACAAUAAUAAAAACCCUAAGAAGCUUGUUAAGACUAAGGCAACUUCAUUCAGAGUUCUUCAUGUUGAUACUGUUGUUGCUAUGUGGACACAUGACGAUGAAUUACUACCAGAAUGGGGUUUUGGACAUCAAGAAGUUUGUGGUAAUAAGAAGAUUCCAGAUGGAGAUAAUGUUUGGACGUUUGAUGAAAUUGUUAAUUUGGAUCCUAAAGAUCCAAGAGCAAUUUAUGUUCCUAAACCUGUUAAAACUAUGCCAUUUUUGAAGAAAUGGUGGGAAUUACAACUUUUGAUGUUCAAACAUAAUAAUAUGUUAUCUUCAGAACAUCCAUAUGCUUCACAACCUGAAUCUUGGCCAUUGGCUCUUUCUGGUGUUUCCUUUUUCAAUAAUAAUGAAGCAAAGAAACAAAUCUUCUUUACCGGGAAUAUCAUUGGGUUCUGGAUUCAAGUUGCUCUUCUUUCAAUCUUUGUUGGAAUUGUGUUGGCUGAUCAAAUCUCCAGACGUCGGAAUGUUUAUGUCUUGACAGAUCGUGCCAGAUCUACAUUAUACAAUACUUUGGGGUUCUUAUUUAUUGCUUAUUGUGCCCAUUACUUCCCCUUCUUUUUGAUGAAUAGACAAAAAUUCUUACACCAUUACUUACCAGCACAUCUUAUUGCUGGGUUAUUUGGAGGAGCAUUGGUGGAUUUCAUGUGCACAAACAUCACGAAUAAGUCUUUACCUCAAACUGUGAAUAAGCCUAAGCUUUAUAUCAUAGUUGGAGGAGCAACGUCAGCCAUUGUGUGGUUCUUCUUCUACUUUUCUCCCCUUGUCUACGGUGAUAAGUCGUUGUCUCCAGCACAAGUCCAAAGCAGACAGUGGUUAGAUAUUAAGUUACAUUUUGCCAAAUAA